AAGUGUCUUCACCAUCAGAUCCAGAGAGUUCUCUGAGUACACACAUUGCACCAAGCAAUGAGUAACGAGUCGCACCACGUCGAAUAAAGAAUAGCAAGACUUGGGAUUGGAUGAGAUGGCUGUGAUGUCAUCAGCUCAUCAGCUCACCAGCAUUAUUCUUCUGCUGCUUUUUGAGUUACAAGGCGUGUGUGGGCAGCAGGCAUUCAGGACCGAACCGAGGAACGUGACCGUGAGGGCUGGAGCCACGGCUCUGCUGAAGUGUGAAGUGCUGAGGGCCUCGGGGACCGUGCAGUGGGUGAAGGAUGGCCUGCUUUUGGGGCCACACAGGUCUCUGCCCGGCCACCCACGCUACACCAUGACUGGUGAUGAGAACAGAGGACAAUACCAUCUCCAGAUUGAAGACGUGUGCCUGGAAGACGAUUCCCCCUAUGAAUGCCAGGUGGGCCGCUCCGAAACCAGUCAUCCCAUCAUCUCGCACACUGUGUGGAUCAAUGUGCAAAUUCCUUCAUCAAAACCCUACAUCGUUCUGGACUCGGAGGAGCCAUGGGUGGAGGGGCAGGAUUACAAGGUGACCUGCAUUGCCCCUGAUGCCAAGCCGGCAGCUGACGUCAUUCUCUUUAAAGAUGGAGAGGAGCUGACAGGCACGGUGUCUUUCACCAUGUCAGGCUCUGAAGAUAAACUACUGAACACUCACACUGAAGUUAAUAUCAGACCUCAGCGUUCGGAUGAUGGCCGACCCCUGCUCUGUCGAGUCAAAAACCCGGCUCUCAGCCAGGCUUUGGAAACCUCAACUUUAAUGAAAGUGUACUACCCACCCCAGGCUCCAGUGAUGGAGGGAUUGAGGAGUGAAGAGGUGAACGCCGGUACCCAUCUCCGGUUGGUCUGUCUGUCAUAUGGAGGAAACCCUUUGGCUACUCUGCACUGGAGUAAGAAUGAUGAGGUGUUGUCCACUAUCUGGGAAAUGGACACUGUCUCCCGUAAGGCCAGCAGUACGCUUUUGAUGGAGGUGAAGCCAGCAGACAAUAAAGCUGUGCUGCGCUGUGAGAGUGUUAAUCAAGUGACUAGAUCUCCUAUGGCCAUUACUCGCACCCUCACCGUCCUCUUUGAACCCACUAAUGUGGAGCUAAGUGGCUCCUCUGAAGCUAUAGAGGGUACAGAGGUGAACAUGUGCUGCUCCACGUCCUCCAGUAAUCCACCAGUUCAUGUCCGCUGGUGGCUCGGCUUCAAGGAGCUCAACACGACCGACAUCGAAGUCACUGAGGGAGAGAAUGGUGGGAUGAAAACGUCAUCUAACCUGACUCACACCGUGUCCAGGGAGGAAAACGGACUGCUGCUCACCUGUGAGGCGUUUAAUAAAGGCACACGAUUCUCCAGCAUCAAAACAACAACCCUCACUGUGUACUAUCCUCCUCAGAAGGUUUGGUUAGACGCUCCACCAGAAGGAACUCUACUACGUUCAGGGACGAUCGUCCGGCUGGUGUGUUUUUCCAGUGGAGGAAACCCUACAGGCCGCUUGACAUGGUUGAAGAAUGGUAAAGUUGUGCAGGUGCCAUCAAAACUCAUCCAGUCUGAACGUGGUGUGUCACGGGAGUUCCUUCUCACUCUUCAACCCAGCGAUAAUUUAGCCACGUAUCGUUGUGAUGCCACCAACGAGGCCAAGAAAGUGCGAUCAGCCGAGACAAAACUUCAGGUCCAAUUUCCUGCAGUAAGUUUGAAGAUCACAGUGAAACAGAAGGUGUUGCAUGCUGGAGAGACAAUAACAAUGGACUGUCUGGCUGGAAGCAGUAACCCUAAAGUUAACAUCAGCUGGAGUUUGGGCACCAACAGCCUUUUAGGAAAGGAGAAUGCUGCUAAGAAGUCGGUGUACGGCGGUAUGUCAGUCAGCAGCUCUCUGUUGCUCCCGCUCUCUUCUCAUUUCCAUGGCAGCAGGAUCACCUGUCAGGCCUUCAGUGCUGCGCUCUCAGAGCGGGUCAACACCUUCUACACGCUCAACAUCCUGUUCUCCCCCGAGUUUGCAGAAGACCAGCCAAGACUGGUGGAGGUGCUCGAAGACGACGUCGCCACACUUCCUGUUAAGGUCUCAGCCAAUCCAGACGAUAUCUCCUGUGAGUGGAUCUUCCAUGGCGAGAGGGUGCUAAGAGAUCGGGAUCCUCGGUACCAUUUCCCCGAUGACAUGGGUCUGGAGAUUUGGAACGUGACCAGGCGUGACGCGGGUGUGUACACAGUGGAGUGCUCAAACGCAGAAGGAAAGAACAGAACCAACAUCAAACUGGACGUCCGGUAUUCCCCGAGCGUCAAGAUGAAGACGGAUCCUGUGCAGGUGAAUGUCGGAGGCACUGCAGAUCUGUUCUGCAUCGCUGACGCCAACCCUGUGACUGAUGGCAUGUUUUCCUGGAAGUGGAUGGGUGAAGGCGAGCGUGAGGAAUUGGGAGAGAAGAGUCAGGACGAAUCAACUGGACUUUUAACCAUCUAUGAGGUGACCCGAGCUCAUGCAGGUCCUUACCAGUGUACUGCAAACAACGGUAUAGCGCCCCCUGCCAGCGUGGUGGGUCAGCUUGUUGUACACUUUGCUGCAGAGCUGCAGAAGGGGGCACAGUGGAGAAAAGUGGCGAGUCGAGGAGACGGUACUACUGACGCUGAUGUGAUUUGUCAGGCUGAAGGAGUCCCACGUGUCGAAUUCAGCUGGGCUAAGAACGGCAUACCAUUGAACUUUGGCAGUCCACGGUAUCUUGAGCGGACGGUGAAAGAGGGGGCUGUACACACCAGCACUCUAACUGUAGUAAAUGUGAGCGCGGCUCUGGACUAUGCCGUGUUUACCUGCACUGCCCGUAACAGCCUCGGAGAGGACACACUCGAUAUCCAGCUGCUCAGCACCAAUUACCCCGACCCCCCAUCAGACCUGAAGCUUCUUAGCGUCUCCUCAAACUCCGUCACUCUGGAGUGGAUGCCCGGCUUUGAUGGAGGGCUCACUCAGAAUUUCCGAGUCAGGUACCGGUGGCCGGAGUCUGCUAGUUACCUAUAUGUUGAUGUUUUUCCUCCAAAAUCCACUGUGUACACAGUGACUGGCCUGAAGCCAUCCACCAUGUACAACUUCUCAGUUAAUGCCAUUAACUCGAUGGGAGAGAGCAGCUAUGCUGAUAAUGGUGCAGUACUCACAAUUACCACUAACGAUCUUGAUCGUGUGCCAGACGAGCACCAUCCCGAAGCCCCGGAGCAUAAAGAAGCUAUACCAAUCUAUGUCAUCCCCAUCCUCGUGGGAAUUCUGCUGCUGGUCAAUGCGUUAGGAUUCUAUCUGUUGGUCACGUGGAAGAAGAGACGGAGUCUGAAAGAGGGAGCAGGCAGCUUUUCACAGGGCACCAGGAGCGAUGAGGGGUCAUCUGUGAGCAGUAGAGAACCGAUCAAUGCCUCGGCACAGCGAACUCUUCUCAUCAACACGAGCUCAGAGCCAGAGAGCAGCAGCGGCAGCGUCUAUGAGAGCUAUGGAGGGAGCAAUCACUAUUACUACCCCACUGAGGCCUACAGCCCUGGUCUUUAUACCCAUCUGGAGGCAGCAGAGAAGAUAGAUAGCAGACACAUUACAAACCUGUUCAGCCAUGAUUAUGAGGAAGUCAGGGACUUUGGGCCAUAUCAGGAUCUAUUUGAGUCGAAUCUCCCACCUGCAGCAGCUCUGAAUUAUGGAGCUGAUAGGUCAGGUCAGAUUCCAGCAUCCACUUAUAAGCAGAGCAGAUGGUUUGGUUCAGUUGAUUUGGACCCAAAGAAUGGAGUUAAUUCUGCCACUUGCAGACACAGAAAGAACCCAGACCUGCCCUUUGAACUGAGGGGUGAGCUGGUUUAAGCGAUUUCUGUAUUUGGAGUGACAUCUCUCAAAGCAUUCAUUAGUAUAUUCCUUUUACUUAUUCAUUAUAUCUGUCUUUAAGUUAAUUUUACGUUAUAGAGACAAUGUUAUCAUUUUUAGUAGUUUCAGUAAUAUAUAGCACAUAGUGAUAUGUGAUCUUGAAACAGAAAACUUAUUUGUUUGUUUUUUGGUGAUAUGGGACUGUAUGGAAUCUAUGUAGCACACAUUAUAGUCAUACUUUGAAUUCUGUUGUCACAUUGUCUGGGAAAGCUGAUAGGAUGGCCAGAUGCAAGAUCUAUGACAAAGGUAAAGACUUCAGAGCCAAAGUGUGUCAUUCCUGGAAGUAAACAAUGCAGUCAUUACUAUGUUCUUAUCUUAUUUUUAUCAUUAGAAAGUAUCCUUCAUACCAAACUGGUUAUGUAGUAUAGGAAGGAAAUUACAUGACUUGGAAAGAUACUUGGGGGACAAAAAGUAUUGUAUCUCACAUGGUGUCAGAAGCUGUGAUAAUUAGAAAGUGGUAAUAAGAGAAUUAAUAGGCAAUGAAAGCAUUAUUAUCACUA